UACUCUAUAUACUUUUCUCUGAUCUCUUCAACUGCCCAUCCCUCUCUCUCUUUCUCUCUCUUAUUUAGAUAUAUACAUAUAUAAAAUUGUUCUUCAAUUCGGUUUGUGAAAAUAGCACAUGUUGAGGCCCAUCUUUCAUGGAUUCUCCUCCUAUUCUUGGUACUUGUAUUCUCUCUCCUCUCUCCUUCUCUCUCUAUAUGUAUAUAUAUAUCUGUCUGUCUGUGUGUGUAGGCUCUAAAAUACAAAAAUAAAGUUUUAUUUUUUAUUUUUUGGGGUUAUGAUUGUGUAUGUGUGGAGAUGAAAACUUUGUCUUUCAGGUGAAGGGAUAACAUGCUUUUGUUGCUAAUGUGGGCAUACUCUUUUGUUAUCACAAACAAACACUAGCUAUGGAUGCUUCGUCGUUGGACGGUAAAGAUUCUUGCCUUUAGCUUAUUUCUUUACAAUCCCUUUGUUUUGAUUUCCCGGUUUUUUGGCGAAAAAUCGUAUCUUGAUUGGCUUUGCUGUGAUAAAAAUUAAAUCUUUUUUCUUUAGCGAUGGGGAUGUUGAGUUCGUAUUCGAUCUGUUUGAUGCUCGGAUUUCAUCUCGUGAUUUAGUGUUUCUUUAAUUGAUCUUGAUUUAGUUUUAUUUUUUUGGGUUUAUUUUUUCGGUGAAAUUGACACCACAGGCACAGGCACGCAUGCUCACACACUCACGCACAGACUCCAUUGCUGCUACUUUUCCUAUUUUAUUUGCCUUUUUUUUAAUACUCUUGAGUAAAAUAUGUUAGUUUAUGGAUGUUAACGCUUUCGAAAUGAUUUCAAUAUGCUUAUGAAGAAAAAGAGGUGAUGGUAGAUUAUUAUGAAGUCGAAAAAGAGGUGAUGGUAGAUUAUUAUGAAGACGAUAGUGUCGGUUGCGUUUACUUUUUAUUCUUGUCUUUGGGUUUCUAUUUAUCGUCUAAAUUUCCAGAGAUGGUUGGUGUGGUCAUUUAGCUAAUGUGUUUGACAAGUUUGAUGGUGAUUUUUAGUGCUUAUAAGAUUGCACAUUUGCAGUGAUUAUCUAAUUUUGAAUCUCUCAACGAAGAUAAAAGUGAGAACAAGCUGGAAAAAGAGCUGGCGAUUUUUAACUUUGAUGCAUUGCUUGAUCUAAUAAUUCAUGUUUCUCUACAUGUCGUUCUUGGGGCAUUCGUCUUCAAUGCCUUCUGGGCCUCGCUCUGUGCCUACAUAUUUGUCGUAUGAGUUACUCGUCUUUUUUCUGAACUUAACUAUGUAAUGCAAUCUAUAUCUACGCUAUCUCACCGAGUUAUUUUCAUUAAUCGCCAUGUGCUAAGAACUUAUCUAUGGCAACAGCGAAGUUGUCCCAAUUGUGAGAGGUUAAAGAUACUAGAAUUGAACUUUAUGUUUCUCAUUUGGUUUGACAUGGUCUCUUUUCUCCUAUACUGAAUACUCCUAUCGCUUCUUUUGGCAUUCCAUGUCCCAAGUCAUUAUCGGAGUUGGUGUUUGAUCCAUCAAAGUGCAGUAAGUUGAGUAUGGAACAAAAGAGGGAACUUGUGUAUGAAGUGUCCGAGUGGUCAGAUGGUGCCACAGAUGUGCUGCACAGCUGGAGUCGGCAGGAGAUAUUGCAGGUCCUCUGUGCCGAGCUGGGAAAGGAAAGGAAGUACACAGGCUUAACAAAGUCGAAAAUAAUUGAAAAUCUUCUAAAGAUUGUAUACGAAAAGAAAGCUCUGGAACGAGGAGCUGCAAGCCUUUCAGAAGCACAUACUUCCUCGGAGAAUGGAGAGAGGACUCCAAAAAGGCUAAGGAAAUCUGACCACCCAAACCGUCUGCCUACCACAGCAGGUGCUGCUGCUACGAGCGUGCCGGAUGUUGAGCAAGGUAUUACAUUGUAUUGCAAAAACUCAGCUUGCAAGGCUAAAAUGAAUCGUGAGGAUGUAUUCUGCAAGAGGUGUUCGUGCUGCAUCUGUCGACAAUAUGAUGAUAACAAAGACCCUAGCCUAUGGUUGAAUUGCAGUUCAGAUCCUCCCUUUCACGGCAUGUCAUGUGGCAUGUCGUGCCACCUUGAAUGUGCCUUACGGCAUGAAAAAUCUGGUAUAUCAAGAGAUAGGCAGGAUAAAGGACUCGAUGGGAGUUUCUGUUGCGUGUCUUGUGGAAAGGUGAAUGAUUUGCUAAGCUCAUGGAGGAAGCAACUGGUCGUUGCAAGGGACACCAGGCGGGUCGAUAUACUGUGCUAUAGGCUAUCAUUAUGCCAAAAGAUUCUUGCCGGUACUAAGCUCUAUCAAAAUCUGUGUGCAUACGUAGAUGAAGCAGUGUCGAAGCUUGAAGAAGACGUUGGCCCUCUAACGGGCUUACCUGUAAAGAAGGCUAGAGGUAUUGUUAACAGGCUCUCGUCGGGCCUAGAAAUCCAGAAACUUUGUGCCUCAGCUGUGGAGUCCCUCAAUUCAAUGCUUAAUGACAGAUCAUCUGUUACACCUUCUAAUUGCAAUGCGCUUGCUGGGAACUUGUUGCAGUUUCAAGAAACGCGCUCUUCAUCCGUUGCAUUGAUACUGAAUUCUGAUGAUUCGAGCAUGGGAAACAUAGUGGGUUAUAUGCUGUGGCAUCGGAAAGCAGACGAUAAGGACUAUCCAUCGGAACCUACCUGCAGGCUGUUCGCGCCUGAUACAAAGCUGUUGCUCUCCAAUCUAACUCCAGCUACGGAGUACUUCCUUAAGGUUGCUUUGCUCGAAAAAGAUAGAGAAAUUGGGUCACGUGAGUUUCAGUUUAGAACAGAGAGCUCUGGAGAUGAGAUGCAGAAUUUGAAUUCCAAGAGUUUAGAAGAAGAAAGAAUCCAAAGUCCGGCCACCAACUGCAGCAGUCUCUCGAAUCCUUCAUCGGUUGAAGACGAGAACAACGCCGUCUUGCCCUGCAGCAAUGAGGGUGACAACAGAGGAGAUAAUUAUCUUCGUUUUACCAGCAAUGCCGAUAAAGUUGCUGCUUCGAAUUUGCUUGGCAACGACAAUGACAAGGACUGCAUGGACCCGUGCCAGAAGGAGGGCAAUGGAGACGUGAUCUCCUUGUUGGAUGAAGAACAUAAUGCAGUCGAUUUCAGGAACAAAGAGAAGGAAUCGUCGACUGGUCAGAUGGUUGAGGAGACGAGCACCGACAAUGGAUCCAACACGCCCCGAACGGGCUUGGAGUGCGUUCCCUACAUCGACAGCUCAGAAGCCCACCUGCAGAUCACUCCCUGCAAGAUGGACAAUGUGAAGGACGGAGGUGGAAGGAAGAAGAGAUGCAAAAACAACGGGAAGGGUAUCGACAUUGUGUCCAAGAGAGAUGAGGAGCCUCAAGCAGGAAGCUCGUCGAAGAAGAGGAGUGGAGAGAGGCACGAUGAGGACUGCCCGGGCAUCGGGGACAAGGAUUUCGAGUACUACGUGAAGGUGGUCCGAUGGUUGGAGUGUGACGGCCACAUUGACACCACGUUUCGGCAGAAAUUCUUGACAUGGUACAGCUUGAGAGCCAGUCCUCAAGAGGUACGGAUCGUCAAAGUAUUCAUCGAUACGUUCAUUGAGGAGCCGGCUUCGCUUGCAGGGCAGCUCAUAGACACCUUCACAGACGUGAUAUCGAACAAGCGAUGCUCGACGGUGCGAUCGGGAUUUUGUUUGAAGCUCUGGCACUAAGAGGUUUGGGCUCCCCUGUUUCAUUCUAGGAUUGAUUGAAUUCAUGCAGAUCUUCAAGAGAUUUGCCUGCUUCAUUUUUUGAAUUUGGAAUGUGAUUGAUUUGAUCUAUCUCCAUUGAAAUAGCUUCAAUCAUUUAUGAAAAGAUGUUGGCAGUUUAGGAUUUUCUCUUCA